AUGCGACAAGACCGCGCAAGAAGAGAUCGCCACAGAGCAGGAGCUGGCGGCUUGGUGGCAGCGCCGCGCCGCGGAGCACCGCGCCGCCGUCGAGCGCCUCACCGAGGAGAGCGUCGGAAGCAGCGAGAGGCCAAGAGCGCAGAGAUCACUCGACUGCAGCGGGAGGUGCGGCACUACCAGCGCCGAAUGCAAGGCUUGGAGCAGUACUGGGAGCAGUUCUUCGACGCCGAGCUCGCGGCGGAGGUGAUCGACCUGCUGGCAGCAGAGCAGCGAGCCAGGCAGCUGGAGCAGGAGAUCCAGCAGUUACUCCGUUCCUCCGCCCCCGCGGCUGCUUACGCAGGGCCCAUCUUCCUGGAGGGCGAGGGCCGCUUGCAGCUGGCGCCCUUGCCGCAGCUCAUCGCGGCGGCGGACGCUCAUCGAAGGCUGUACCAGGUGGAGAUGGAUCACAGGAGGGAGCUCAACGAGAUGACCGACUUCUGCAACGGCAAGAUCGCUGAGAAGGAUGACAGCAUUAUGGGCUUGAUCGAGCAGAAGGUUGGAGAGGUGGUGCAGACGAAGUUUGACCGGUCUGAACAAGCCUCCUGGUCGACCAUCGCCUACAUGAUCAAUCAAUCUCGAGAGAGGCUGGACAGCGCGGCAGCGGCCAAGGAAGCCAAGGAAAAAGCGGAGGCCGAGGCCAAGGAGAAGGCCACUCCGGCGACAUGA